AUGUUUUUCCUUUCCUUCUUUCCUUGUUGGUUGUUUUCUUUCUUUCUUUCUUUUCUUUUGCUGCUUUUUUCUUUUCUUCUUUUCUUUCUUUCUUUCUUUCUUUCUUUUCUUUUCUUCUUUCUUCAUCAUCUUCCUAUCUUUUUCUUUCCUUUCUUUCUUCUUUCUUUUCUUUUCUUUCUUUUUUCUUCUUUUCUUCUUUUUUCUUCUUUCUUAUUUAUUUUGUUUCUUCUUUCUUUUAUUCUGUUCUUUCUUCUUUUUUCUUUCUUUCUUCUUUUUUUUCUUUCCUUCUAUCUUAUUUCUUUUCUUCUUUUCUUUCUUUCUUCUUUCUUUUCUUCUUUCGUUGGUUCUUUCUUUCGUUGUCGUUUCUAUCGCUAUUUUAGUCAUUUUUUUCUUUCAUUUCUGUCUUGCUUUGCGUCUGAUGUUAACUUAACACCACCUUUCUUUCUUUCUUUCUUUCUUUCUUUCUUUCUUUCUUUCUUUCUUUCUUUCUCCCUCCCUUCCUCCUUCCCUCCUGGUACUGCUGUCUAUUUCAUUCUUCUUUUGUUUUUCUUCUCUCAUCACGUGAAUAAACAACAAAAUUUCAAUUUAUCACUAACACUCCUCCUUAUUGAUCCUUAUAUUCUUUCUGCAGAUUAA